CGCGGCCGGGGAAGGCGGCUCCCGCCGGGCCCAGCGCGGCGGCGGAUGGCGGGGGGGCCGCGCCCGGCGGGGGCCGGCGGGGGCGCCCGCUGAGCGGCGGCGGCGGCGGCGAUGCCGAGGGGCCCGGCUCGGCGGGGCGCGCCCGCGGGGCCAUGAGGGCGGGCUCCGGCCAUGGCCCAUGGCAGCGCGGCGGUCAUGCUGAAGUGCGUGGUGGUGGGGGACGGCGCCGUGGGCAAGACGUGCCUGCUGAUGAGCUACGCCAACGACGCCUUCCCCGAGGAGUACGUGCCCACCGUCUUCGACCACUACGCAGUCAGCGUCACCGUCGGGGGCAAGCAGUACCUGCUGGGGCUGUACGACACCGCCGGCCAGGAAGACUAUGAUCGUCUGAGACCUUUAUCUUACCCUAUGACCGAUGUCUUCCUUAUCUGCUUCUCAGUGGUAAACCCUGCUUCAUUUCAAAAUGUGAAGGAAGAGUGGGUACCGGAGUUGAAGGAAUAUGCACCUAAUGUUCCCUUUUUACUAGUAGGAACACAGAUUGAUCUCCGUGAUGACCCAAAAACUCUGGCAAGACUGAAUGAUAUGAAAGAGAAGCCCGUAUCUGUGGAGCAAGGACAGAAGUUAGCAAAAGAGAUAGGAGCCUACUGUUAUGUGGAGUGUUCAGCUUUAACACAGAAAGGACUGAAGACUGUUUUUGAUGAAGCUAUUAUAGCCAUUCUAACUCCAAAGAAACACACAGUGAAGAAGAGAAUAGGCUCAAGAUGCAUAAACUGCUGUUUGAUCACGUGAGAAACAUUUGACAAUGGCCAGGCUUACUGUGAAAUUCUACUGAUUUUAAAUACAAUGCAUUAAGUACAUAGUGAAUUUGUUCCAGGUUUGAAAGUUAAACCUACGUUUCUGCCUUCUACAACCAGUGAAAUCCAGAGGAAUAAAAUCAAACUCGAUGAACUUGUAUUAAGAAGCCACCAUAUCUGUUACAAAUAUUUUAUUCAGACUGGAAGGUACAAUCUCUCAGGGUUACGCAGUCUAGAGGAAGCAAAAACUGCACCAUGCUGAAAUGGCAUCAAUGUGAUUUUACUGAAUGGAGAUGCUUGGCCUAAAAUAUUCUAACUGAAUUUGGACAGUCUUCUGCUUUGAUUAUAUAUAUAUAGCUCUUAAAAAAACCCAACUUUUGCACAGUCUGUAUGGAAUCUGCACAAAGAAAUACCUUGUCUCUUUUUGCUCCAGUUAUCUGCUUUUGUAUGUAAGCUGCUUCCGGUUCCAGUGUAUCCACAGAGGUGCAAUAAUCAGACCAGCCAUAUAGCCAAAGGUAGCUCCGAGGGAACAGGAAAUGGGCCAUACCUGAGGGGAGAACACAAGGUAAAAGCAAUGAGGAAAAUGUCUGUGGUUUUUUGUACUUCAUGAGCACAAAGUCUAGGUACUGAAAGACAGUAGUCUUAUUCUAUUUUAAAGCUUGAUGUGCUUUCCUAAAAACACCAAAAGCGUAACAAUCAUCUUCAUGAACACUAAAUGCUGUUGUACAGUUUAUAAUUAAUAUGCAUUAAAAUGUAAGCAGGCUUCUGGCUAUUGCAGACUUUCGUUUGAUAGUCCAAAAACUAUGUGGAAACAAAAAACCCUCAGAAGGAUUUAUAUUUCCUGACAUUCAGCUGACCUAACUUCCUACUCUGCUGCACACAUUUGGAUACCUACAAAUUUCUCAGCAAUUUCUCCUUUCAAUCUCUCAUGGUGUUUUGAAACUUUUAGAUGUGUAUAGAGAAACUAGUAUUCAAAUAAGGCCAGAGACUGAGAUGGAUAGAGGUUUGUUGGCUUUUUUUUUCCUGAAAAGUAUGUAGAAGGAUAAAUUUCCGUUUAGCUAGCAGUAGGUAAGGAACAGAAAUUUGGAAGCUGACUGAACAUCUUGCACCCAGGUCAUCAAAUUUGUAGUAAGCCAGUUAUGUCAAAGAGAGCUUUAAUUAAAUGCUUUAUUUUCUAGUAUAAGAAAAGGAAGCUGACUCAAUAUAUCUGACUCACUUUAACAAACCAUCUUGUGUAAUAAGCCAGAGUAGUAAUGGAAUUCUUCCCUGCCUUUUUUUUUUUAAUUGGCAUUGAUUUGCAGGGAGGAGUGGCCAAACCAAGAUUUAACUAGUUUGUCAUCAGAUGUAGCUUAUAAUACCAGUCCACUCCAUACCGCAUUUGAUGAAAGUCUCAACUAAGGUGGUAAUUAAUUUAUUUACUUUAGAAUAAACAGAAUUCCCAGGCCUCUUUAAAAUUCUCCUUUGCAUUUUUUUUCUUUUUUUGCAAGGACAGUUUUGCAAUUCCUGCUGUACAGUGCAUAUUCCUAAAGCAAAGAUGGACUGGACUCUCCUAUUCUUUUGUUUUUUAAAUUAAGGGGGAUAUUCCCCCCUGCCAUAGUCUCACUUGAGACUGAGAAAUGCACUAGACAAUAGAGGAAAUAUCCCAAUCUCCAGCCUUGUUUUCUACUUCGCUUUGACUUGCAAUUCAUGAAUAUCAAAUGAACUUACUCUUAACGGUACUGGUUCCUCCUUCAUUCAUUUUCCUAGCUCUGAUUCUUCUCUUUACUUCAUUAUAACUUAAAAGAAUAUAUUUAUUCACAUCCUUUGAUCAUGGGAAUUUUAACUACAAAUAAGAGUAAUGUAUUUUGUCCUCUGCUUUUUCAUCUUUAAUCUCCUCAGUUGUUUCAUCUUCACAUUCCUUAGCAUUUACAGAUUUAUGUUAUUUGGAGGUCUUAAGGAGUGUAGCAAAGAUGAUUAUUAAACAAGGUGCCUUAGGUACUCUUUAUUGACCUUGUUUCAUUCUUUCACUUUCAUGCAUUCUAUCUCUGCUGCUUGUUUUUGUUGCUGAGUAUUUCAGUAGUUGCCUCACAAGCCAAAGAUUUGCUUGUUUUCAUUCAUUUACUGUGUAUUGUAGAUCAUCUAUAAAAAGCCUUGAGAGGCUUUGGCAUGGUAAGUACUACAUUUGAAACUCACAUAAGUUUGUGGCCUUGGCUAAACUUACACUUCAGGUGGAUCUUUUCAACUUUUAAAUUAAAUGUAAUUAUUUCUAGCAUUUUGCAUAUUACACAUGUCUAAAUAACAAUUUAAAAAAUCCCUGAAACCUUUCCACUCACUCAGUAACAUCCAUAUGGAACACAAGUCAUACUUUUUUAUCCACUGAUGAAGUCAAAUACCACUCUAAUGUCCACAAAAGUAUGGACAAAGGCUUCUUAACUCGGUGGUGCUUUUACAUCAUAUUUGCUGAGUGAUCAAUGAUCAAUCCUUCAUUAAAUUUUUACCUACAUUAGGUGAAUUUGUAGUUGCCUAUUUGCUUUCUAGAACUAUGGUAGACAAUGGACUCUGAAUUGAUCAUAUUCUCCUAACUAGAGAGCAAAUACCUCUGAUGACCCAAUGACCCUGUAUAUUGUGAUAUUUUGUGUAUAGUGGGUGAUUUAUUGGUAUGAUUAAAAAGAUCUCUGAUGA